AUGGCACUCCCGUCGUCCUUCACUGCCGCCCUCAUUACCGUCCUCCUUUUUCCCGCCCUUUUCGCCGUCAAACGGCUGUACUUCCACCCUCUCUCUCGGUACAAUGGGCCUCUUCUCUGGGCUGUUACCCGCGUGCCGUAUAUGCUCGCCUUCCGGAAUGGCCAGCUGGCGCAUAAAAUCAAGCACUUUCACGAAGUUUACGGCGAGACAGUCCGCGUGGCUCCAAACGAGGUUUCCUUCAUCAACCCCGACACCGUGAAAGACAUCUAUCAGCGUCGACCCAGAGGUGGGGGCUUCAAGUCACUCCCCAAAGAUCCCAUCCGUCAAGCACCUCCACGGCCGGGGCAACCCAUGAGCAUCCUUGACGCGGGAGAUGCGGACCAUACGCGACUCCGCAAGGCCUAUGCUGCCGCCUUCAGCGGCCAGGCCCUAACCGCGCAAGAGCCGCUCGUGACCUCCUACGUCGACAAGAUGAUCACCCAACUCCGAUCCCAAACCCAAGAUGCUACUCAAAGUAUUGAUAUCCAAGAAUGGGUCAGCUUCUGUACCUUUGACAUCGUCUGCAAGCUGAGCUUCGGUGAAGAUUUCGGCUGCCUGGACAAUCAGCGCUACCAUGAAUGGGUUGGUCAGCUCGUCUACUCCCUGAAGGCUAAGGUCCAGCUAGCCUCCUGUCGCUUCUACCCCUGGCUGUUCAACUACCUCGUCAAGCGCCUCCCCAAGUCCGCGGGGAUCCUUAUGGCCCAGCACCAAGCCACGACCCAGGAGAAAGUGAAACGCCGGUUACAGCAACUGCACAGCGGCGGUAGCAGUAACACAGCAGCAAUCCCGGCAGGAGAUCUCCGAAGCGAGAUGGUCGUCAACGCCGCUACCCUCAUUGUCGCGGGAAGCCACACCCUGCAGACCGCCAUUACUGGCAUCCUUUUCCACCUCCUCCAGCAUCCAACUGUGCUAGACCGCGUGACAAGCGAGGUGUGGGGUGCAUUUCCCUCGGCCAACCAAAUGAGCGUCCAAGCACUGCUCAGACUGCCUCUCCUAGAGGCUGCGAUCAAGGAAGGCAUUCGUCUCACCUCGCCCGUGCCCCUGGGGUUGACACGGCUCGUUCCCAUCGGGGGCCAUAUGAUUAACGGCGAAUUCUUCGCGGAGGGAACCGUCGUUUCCUACAUGCAAUGGGCUGCCAACGUCUCCCCACAGAACUACACCGACCCUAUAGGCUUCCACCUCGAGCGCUGGCUCAAGUCACCCUCGUCCCCAUCCCAGUCAUCCACUUCUUCAAUAGACGAUCACUUCGGCAGGGACCGCAAACACGCCACCCAGCCGUUCCUCCAGGGUCCACGCGACUGCAUCGGUCAGAAUCUCGCCCGCAUGGAGAUUGUCCUCAUCCUAGGAAAACUGCUAUACCACUUCGACCUGCAGGCCGAGGGGAAGCUGGGGCGAUGGGAGGAUCAGGAGACGUAUGCGGUCUGGGUGAAGACGCCGCUACCCGUGAGGUUGCGGGUAAGGGACGGGUUGAUUUGA